AUGAUUCCGUGGAGGUCUUUGGAAGUUCCGAACUCAUCCCUGGACACUCCACCGGUCGCUUCGAUGCACGACUACCUGAGUUUCAGUCGUCCGGAAGACGAUUCCGGCUACACAUCAAAUGCCCGAUUGUCAACAGCGUCCGCGUCCUCCCAAGCCAGCACGCCGAGUAUUCUUCGUCGUGGCGCCGCUGCCUGGCGCCGUCCCGGCGCCCGCCAGCGUACCGACAGCACCGCGACAGACCAAAGUGGAUGUGAAGACGACCUCGGGGCGUCCGGCCCGUCGGGUUCGUCGUUGUUGUCGGGAGCCAAGCCUACGGGUUUGAACGUGACCCCCAAGUCUCGGGUGGAUGAUGAGAACUGCGCGCCGCCUUUGCGGCUGAUUGACCCCGAGGGAUUGCGGUCACCCGGCGGUACUCCGAGGACCCCGACGCCGUUUAAGAAGGCCUUGGCGGAACUGGAGAAGAAGGGCGGUCGUGUCACGUUCACGGGUGGAAGUCCGUCGAACCUAGUGGACGAUAUCCACGAGAUAAUCCGGAAGGAGUCGGAGCGAGAACGAACAGGAUGCUCUGUGUCGUCGAGUCGGGGCGGGUCUUACUCUCCGUACACGCGACGAGCUCUCGGAAUGAGCAACAGUCCCAACACGUCACCCAACAACACCCACCACCAGCACCCGUCACUUUCUGGACGCCGUGGUUGUUAUGGCAAGGAGAACAGCGGUUGUUCGCCGCCUAUUAAACGUGCCCGCAAGUCGCUCACUGAGUCGUUGUCUUCGCCGGAGCCCAAGCACCUUGUUGAUCUUCAGUUUCCGCCCAUCUUGACGCCGGAAACUCCGAGUCGGAGCUUUGAUUUGGGACGUGAUGGAGAAUUCACUCCGACUGCACUCCUUCUGAAAGACAACGUAGGAUUUUUGCUGGAUUCUUCUGGUCCGUCACCGAUGACUGGAUUACCUUCUUCUGCGAGAAGAUUCGAUCAGAUGCUUCAAAGACAAGCUGUUUCCUAUGGCCAUCAGAGAACUCAGUCUGUGCAUGGAGAACACCAUGACCCCAAUCAGCAGCAGAAAUCGAUGGACUUCCGUCGUUGGGAGAUGGUGACGUGUGGAAGAACACUGGAGCAGUUGGAAGUUACUGAGCAAGCUCGGCAGAUUAUGAGCAUGAACAACCAGCGGCAGCACGGGUUCCCCGCAUCGGCAGCAUCGUCGCCGGUGCCGACAGCGAUGCCAUCUAGUUCCGGUGAUCAUCCUCCAGUUCUUCGACAGCUGUAGAACCACGUCCUAAUUGGAGGAACCGAGAAAUUGUUCGGAAGAAAGUUUUGCUAGUUUCUGACGCGAAAUAAUUGCGAGUCGUCUGUGUUGUUUUCGAGAAGUGUAGUAUCAUUUUUGAUCCCCAGUAAACUUGGAAAGGAUAGGGGACCUUUUUUUGUGUGUCCAGUUAGCGAGAGAAUCGAGAUUGAAAUUGACCUUCGGACGUCGUUCCGCCAGCGAAAAAUUCAGGCAUAGAGCAUUUUUUUUAAACGCGAAGUUGAUGUUUGAGAGAAAGAGAGGCUAAAGGAGUAGUUUUUUCAUUGAAUUUGAUAAACUUAGUUUGUUCUUGUAAUUUUUCACAGUACUUUUAUAUCAUCUUCGUAUUUUCCGAUCUCGAAAAAUCUCAUGGUUGUGGAGUUUUUUUCCCCCACCGACGGGAUUUCCGAAAAAUCAAGAGCAUUUCUUGUGAUUACAAACGUGGUCUCGCAUAUUUGCAUACCUUUUUGAAUACUACAUCUACCGUCCUGUCGUGAUCUUUUUUUCCUUCGGUUUUUACGGUAAAACGGUGUUGUGCUCGUUGUUCUCCGCCGAUUCGGAAUUGCGUUUUACCUCACAUGGCGUUGGUGUGCGUGGUUUGAAGAUGUAGUAUGACUGAGAAUCGGAUACUUCCACUUGAGCCAAAGGAAGAAUUUUUGGAGCUGAAUGAAGGACGGAUUUUUGUGGGCAAAAGUACUUUUUUGAAGAGCUUUUUCUUGGUUCCUUAGGUUUUUUUUUUCUUUUUUGUUUUUGAAAGAGAGGAUGGAGUACUAUGUUUGUACGAAGGUUUUUGUUACCGGUUUUGAGAAAUUUUCGAGGAGAAAAGGAAUCGAAUUUGGCGUGCUCCAACUUGUGUAAAUCGAUGAAGCUGUUUCUUUUUGGCGUGCUUUUUUGUAUGCCCCACCAACCCACCGUUAUUUUCCCCGAGUUUUUGUGAAGUGUGGAUUUUUUUUUCGGGUCGAAUUAACAACACCGCAUUUAUUUGAAA